AUGUUUAGAUUUGGUUCGCGGAAAGACGUGAACUGCGAGUUCAAGUGUGGGAUCAGACUCCUGGACGACAAUGAAGUGCUGCAGACAGAGUUCAAGCGUGAACAUAAGGGACAGUUUCUCCUCGACUUUGUCUUCAAAAGUCUUAAUCUCAUCGAAAGAGAAAUUUACAUAAGUGAGACAAUCGUCGAAAUGUUUAGAUUUGGUUCGCGGAAAGACGUGAACUGCGAGUUCAAGUGUGGGAUCAGACUCUUGGACGACAAUGAAGUGCUGCAGACAGAGUUCAAGCGUGAACAUAAGGGACAGUUUCUCCUCGACUUUGUCUUCAAAAGUCUUAAUCUCAUCGAAAGAGACUAUUUUGGGCUCAGAUUUGUCGACCAAAACAAACAACGGAACUGGUUGGAUCCGACGAGAUCUGUCGUAAAGCAAGUGAAAGGACUGAAUCCAAUCGUGUUGUGCUUUCGCGUGAAGUUCUAUGCGGCCGACCCUUCGCUCCUCAAGGAGGAGAUCACCAGAUAUUUCCUUUACCUUCAGCUCAGACGAGAUCUACUCCACGGAAGACUGUAUUGCAUGCCAUCGGACGCAACCAUUCUUAUGGCACUUGUUAUCCAAUCAGAAUUAGGUGAUUAUGACGCCGAAGAACACGUCGGGAACUAUGUCUCAGAAUUCAAGCUUUUGUUGAAUCAGAGCUCGAAGAUAGAGACACAGGUUAUGGAUAUCCAUAAGAAUGAACUCAGAGGUCAAACGCCCGCAGAGGCAGAGCUGAACUUUCUGAAGAAGGCCUCACAUCUGGAGACAUACGGAAUAGAUCCGCAUCCCGUCAAAGAUCAUAAGGGGAAUCAACUCUACUUAGGGGUCAAUCACUCAGGAAUUCUAGCCUUUCAGGGAAGCCGUAAAACACAUCACUUUAAGUGGAGUGAACUCCAGAAGAUUACAUAUGAGAGCCGUAUGUUUAUCGCCCACUGUCUCAUCAAUGAUAAAAAGCAUUUGAUUGGAUUCAAGUGUCCGAACAUCUCUUCGUGUCACUACCUCUGGAGAUGUGCUGUCGAACAAAGAUAUUUCUUUACAAUGAACUCUUCGCGUGACAUACCAUUCGUUACGACAGGCGGAGGAAUAUUCUCGAGAAGUUGUAAAUUGCGGUACAGCGGCAGAACUGAGAGGGAGAUCAUAGAGGACAUGAAAAGAGUGGACAGAGUGUCGACUAGUAUUCAUCGGAGCUAUUCGAUCACAUCGGCGCCGCCAUCCAUGCGAACUCUCGGCCGCUCUAAUACGGCUCCACUGCCCCAUCACGAGUCACCCGAACGCUCCACUUAUUAUCACAGCAAAGUGGUUCCAUAUCUUAAUUAUUCAACACUUUCUGAGCCGUGCGAUGAACACAACCCACACGUUGAACACGACUCACACGAAGGACACGCCAACGCAAACGUGUCAUUACCGCCAUCUUUGGAUCCAUUCGACGAAGAAGAUUGGGAUUUGUCUAUGACUUCAAGUUUGCCCACAGAAUUCGAUCUGAGGCCAGACCUAACGCCUACCGGUGAAGAGUGUCAGACGCUAUCAUUCGAGACCCCAGAGGUCCGUUCGUCGCCCUCUCAUAUGGCCUCCAAUGGCACCGAUUCUGAUGAGCCGUACGAACAAAACAGUGAUAUUUUAGACAAAAAGAUGACUUCUUCUCAAAGUAAAAGCUCUGGAAUCAGUUGCAGAGCUCUUCCCCGCAAACCGCUGACCAAACUCUACGCUAUUGUCCGCACGUCUAUCUUAAGCUCAUUACUAGUUAUGUUGUUCUUCUCGUGCCUUCUCGUACUGAUCAUUGAAUCCGAUUCCGAUCUCUUCUCCCAUUUGCGAAAACUGCCGGAACUCGUAGUCUUAAGACGUGAUUAUUACGAACCACUCAAAGACAUUGUCUGGCAAUCGAUCGGCAAAUAAGUGAAACGAAACUCCUUUCUCACCAAAAACUUCCACUUUUUU